CCUCCCUUCCCUUCCGCCGCAGCGCCCGGAUUCGCCGCUCCUCCAGGAAGGAGAGACCCACACGGCGCCGACUGCUCCCGGCCACUCGGUCCUCUGAUUAUGCUCCCGAAUCAGACAGUUUAACCAGGCAGGAUCCCAUUCUUCUCCUCGAGAUUCCGCUCCGAGAGCGAGCGCCAGGCAGGAUGAGCAGCAGAGCGCAGGGCGAGAAGGGUUCCCAGGGAGCACCGGGCGGGUCCGAGACGGCUGCCCGCACGAGGCCUCUGAGCAUCCAGGAGAUCCUGCGGCGCCGUGAAAAGAAGGCCGUCGCAGAGGCGAAGAGGGCUGCUGCGGAGGCUAAGGAUACCAAGGAAGAGCUCCAGGACCACAAGAAGGGUAAGCCGAGUCGCUCCGAUUCCGGAAGAGGGCACAGAGCCAGGAAGGAUGUGCCUGUGGAGAAGGAGAGCGUUAGAGAUGCGCCGAGGGAGGACUCCAGGAAGGAUGAUGUGAGGCGUGCGUCUAAGGAAGGGAGUAGAAAGGAUAGCGCGAGGCACGCGCCGAGGGAGGCGUCCAAGAAGGAUAACUUGAAAGAUAGGCCGAAAGAUGGGACACAGGUGGAUGACGCACCAAAGAAGGGCUCCAAGAAAGAGAGGCCCUCCGCGAGAGAUGAUGGACAGUCAGCUGGCAAAGACAAAGGCUCUCGUAGUUCACAUAAACUUAGCGCGAGCACGAGAGGCCGGCCCGCUGACAGCAGAGAUGGAAACCAUGGAGAAAUCAGAGCAAGGAAUGGUGAUGCGGCAAGAUCCGAAUAUCUAAAGGGUCCUGCGAAAAGAUGGAAUGGUGAACCCGUUCACAAUGAUAGAAUCAUCGAGAACGACAAGCUCCGGAAUGAAGCAAAGAGGAAAUACGAUCAUCGGAGGCCAGAAUACGAUCAAAGGAGGCCAGAUGUUGAUCUACCGGCGUUGAAGAAACAUGAUUCUGCACGAUUCAAGCACUAUGACAGAAAUGAUGGGAGGAAAGAGUAUGGAAACCCAUACCAUGAAGAGCCCAGGCCAAAAAGGAGAAGGUCAAGAAGCAGGGAUCAUGAUCAAGGAAGAUGUGGCAGAUCUGUCUCACUAUCCCCAAGGGCACAAAGGCGUAGCUACCAUGGACACGAUCGUGACAACUAUCCUCCAGGAAGAAAGUAUGCUGAAAACGACAGGCAUAGAACAUCUGGGAAUGGUGGACACGGUGGUGAGUCUUACCAGAGACAUGAAAGCCCUCUUGGAGGCUACUCACCAAGGAAAAGGAAAACAGUGCCACAAGACGAACAAGUGAGCACCAAGAUUACUCCUCCAGCUGUUCGAUCCCCAGAAAAGAAACCAGCCACGUGGGAUCAGGCUCCUGCAGGAGCAGAUCAAUCUAAUUUCUUCACCACUUUGAAGCCAAUUGUUAGUCAAACCUCUUCUGUUUCAGUCAGUUCUAGCGCACCAAAGCCAAACCCUGCCACUACGCUUGACACUAUAUUGUCCGGGAAUAGUUUGUCUAUUGACUCUGUCCAGCUAACACAGGCAACACGGCCACUUAGGAGGUUGCACAUCGAGAAUUUAACUAGUUCAGCAUCAGAGGAUAUGUUGAUUGGUUGCUUGAAUGACUUCUUGCUGUCAUCUGGUGGUAACCAUAUCCAGAGGUCUAAACAACCAUGCCUCAGUUGUACUAUAAAUAAGGAAAAACGCCACGCAUUUGUUGAAUUUCUUACACCAGAGGACGCUACAGCUGCUCUUUCUUUCGAUGGAAAAUCUUUCAAUGGGUCUACCUUGAAAAUUAGACGCCCCAAGGAUUAUAUUGAAAUGCCACAUGUUGCUCCAAAGAAACCCGUAGAAGAAGAGAUUAAAGUAACAUCAGAUGUUGUUGCAGAUUCACCGCACAAGAUUUUCAUUGCUGGUAUUUCUGGUGUUCUUUCGUCUGAGAUGCUCAUGGAGAUUGUUAGUUCCUUUGGCCAGCUGGGUGCAUACCACUUUGUUUGCAAUGAGGACCUUGGUAGGCGAUGUGCAUUUCUUGAGUACAUUGAUCACUCCAUUACAAACAAGGCAUGUGCUGGCCUCAACGGGAUGAAGCUUGGUGGGUCCAUCAUAACUGCUGUUCAGGUGUUUCCUAAUCCUCUCGAGGUUCACAAUGAAGCUUCCACAUUUUAUGGUAUUCCUUAUAGUGCCGAAGCGCUUCUUGAAGAACCAACCAAGGUCCUGCAGCUAAAGAAUGUGGUUGACAGAGAAGAGUAUUUGCUACUUUCAAAACCUGAGGUGGAGGAAAUAUUGGAAGAUGUACGCAUGGAGUGUGCAAGGUUUGGAGCAGUCAAAUCCAUAAAUAUUGUAGAGUAUCCUGCUAGCAUUGACAGCAUUACUGAGGAUAUUGUAGUUGAGCCCAAAGAUGGACCAGCCAAGCUUGAGCCCAUUGAAUGUUGUGCCAAUGAUAACUGUGCGGAGACUGCUACAGAUUGCCCUUUACCAAGUAAGAGCAUAGCAGUUCCUUCUGGCCCUAUGAAAAUUACAGGUGUAGACCCUAUUUCUGAGGGCCAGGAUCACAAAGAGCCUGACAUGCUUUGUGAGAGUGAUAUACCUGCAGCGGCAGAUCGGUAUACUGAUCUAGAUGACCUUCAUGCUGGAGCUGCUGGCCCCUCAUUGGAUCAACAAAUGGAGGCUGUUCAUAUGGAUUCUUCUCAGGCUGAUCAAGAUGCUACUGCAGUGGGUGAUAUCCAUGCUAGAGCUUCUGGCCUCUCAUCAGAUCAACCAACAGAGGCUGUUAAUAUGGGAUAUAUGCAGUCUGAUCAAGAUGCUACCGCAGUGGGUGAUAUCCAUGCUGGAACUGUUGGCCCCACAUUAGAUCAACAAACGGAGGCCGAUCAUAUGGAUUCUAUGCAGGCUGAUCAAGAUGCUACCGCAGUGGGUGACAUCCAUGCUACAGCUGCUGAUCCCUCACUGGAUCAACAAACGGAGGCCGAUCAUAUGGAUUCUACACAGGCUGAUCAUCAUGCUACUGCAUUGGCUGAUGAUAGUGCAGUUGGAGAAGGACAUGCAGGCUCAAAAACUUUGGAGAUCUGUAUUUCUACUACUACACCUGGAGAUGUGGCGCAGAUAUCUGAAACUGAGAACGAACAAAAAAUCUCUAAUGAUGUGAGUGAAAGUGGCUUGGAAAAAUUACCUGCGGCUGACACCAGAGGCGAUGCUUUUGUUUCAGACACCAUCGUGCUCGAAGCUGGCUCUGUAUUGGUAGAGUUCAUGCGCAAGGAGGCUGCAUGUAUGGCAGCACAUUCUUUACAUGGACGGAGUUUUGGCGACAGGACCGUUUCUGCUGGAUAUGCACUGCAUGAUCUCUACUUGCAGAGGUACCCGAGGUGAUUUCUGCUGCGAUGAGAUCCUGGUGUUCCGAUGACACCUGAUGCUUUUGUAUGUAACAGAAAUACUGGCAUGUCUUGUAUCUUGACAUUUCGGAUAUUCCAGUCAAGUAGCUUUCAGUCAGGAGGAUGUACUGUUAGUUGGAAGGUAAUUUAGGAGAUCCACAGUGCAAGCCCUUUGGGCUGAACUUGGAACACGUGUGUUUUGUGAUCCCUUGUAAUCGUUGCUUACUUACGGAGUAUAUCACAUGGAUGGUUUUAUAUUUUUAUUUUCAUAUCAGUAGUACAAUGUAA